AUGGCAACAACUGCACUAUUGAAUAACGCAUGUACUUUUCACUGCCAAUCAUCUGUCUACUUGAACAUCAUCAUUAUUCCUUUCCUAAGAGAGUCUUCUUUGACAUUGAUGCUGCAAAGACUAUAUCACAUUGAAAACGAAGACACAAUUCUCAUGGACGACAAUUCCAAUCUAACAGAUAAAUUCGUUCAACAGAAUCCGUUAGCAUCACAAAUUUAUACACAACCAUUGUCUUCAUCUACCUCCGAAACAAGUGAAGUGCGAAUGGAUCCGACAUCUGUUCGUUUGACAGAUCUACUCUCAUAUCAAGAUGUUAUGAAAGCAAUUGAACGAGAAUUUCAUCUACACGAUGGACAAGAACGUGAAAUCAUUAUGAAAUUAUGGUUGAAAGAACAGGCGAUGAUAUCGAUUCUUCAACGAUUUCGGCAUCUUUUUCAAGACUUUCAAAUUGAUGAUAAAGACUUCGUUGAAGGAAUUAAGCAAAUUCGUGAGAUGAUCAACUAUGCUCAUCGUGAUGUUCAUUAUCUCAGUGAACAGGUGACAAUGCUUGAGAAUCAAAAUCACUUUCUCGAAAGUGAAUUUCAACGACAACUCGAUAAAAUCGUUCAAGAAAAAAACGAACAAAUAAGUCGACUAAUCCAUAUCAUUGAUCAAUCGUGUACAACGAACCAUAAUAAAGAGCAAAUCUUACAGGAGAAUUACUCAACAGACAUGACAGACUUGUUGAAGAAAUUUCAACAAGAAAAUGCGGAAUUGCAUCGUGAAAUCGAAACACUUCGAGCAAAACUUGAAUAUACAUUUACCUCUGUGAAUGAGAAACUAGAUCAAGAGCAAACGGAGGUAGAAGAAUCGUCGACUUCGGCCGUUCAAAAAGCUUUCGAACAACUUCGACACGCGGAAAAUAAUUUGCAAGAAUGGAAAUUGAAAUCAGCAGCACAACAAGAAGAAAAUGAUCUAUUGAAAUAUUUAUUAGAAAAAUCUCAGCGACCGUCGGAUGGUGAACACGGAGACUUAGUCGGAGCAAUGGAACAACAUCCAUUGAAUCGAGAAAUCGAUCGUGUUCGUCAGGAAUUAGAACUAACCGAAAAGAAAGCAAUACAACUUGAACAACGAUUCGAAUCGUCCGAUGAAAACGUUCAGUUUCAUCUGGAAAAAUUGAAACUAAAAUGCGAUAUUUUGCGGAAACAUGUGCUCACGUGCACACAGCGGUUAGAUGACUACAACGAACAAAUUCGAAUGGAAUUUCGAAAUGAAAAACAGAUGCAAAAAAACAAUAAUCCAACAGAAGAUUCGGUCAGUCAGAAAAAGAUUUUUGAACUGGAAAAAGAAUUAUCAACAUUGCGUGAACGUUACGAUGAACUACUUGAGCAUUCGAACACAAUGAAAGCGGAUUUAUACCAUGCUAAGAAGCAAUUGCAUGAAAAAGAGAAGCUUGACCCAACUUCCAGUGCGGAUAUAGAGCGAGAACGACAACGUGCGGAUCUUCUUGAAAAUGAAGUCAAAUUUCUAAAAGCUAAAUAUGACGAUGCACAUGGCCGUAUUACAGCUGGAACGCAACAGUUCGAAUGUUUACAAUCAGCGUUCGACCAAAUAUCACGUCGUUGUGAGAAAUUAGAAGAGGAAAAGGUACAAAUCGAUCUUGAGUCGAAAUCUGUUGCUAAGAAUGUUGCAAAUGUCACAGCGAAGUAUAAGAACAAAUUACAUACGAUAAAAGCUCGUUUAGAACAAACCGAACGUGAAAAACGUGAAUUACAAAGUCUGAGCGAACAAUAUCAAAUGGAAGUCGAACGAGUUACACACGAAUUAAUACACAAAAAGGAGAUCAUUAUCGAGAAAGAGAAAGUCAUUCAAGACAUUCAAUACAGAAACAUCGAAAUUCUCAGGGAGAAACAAGUCGUUGAAGAAAGGGUAUCGAACGAAUCGAAACAAUACAGUGAACUGAUUUUCAAAAAUAAUCUUCUCGAAGAAGAACUGAAUCGUCUUCGACAAUGUCAACUAUCCGAAAAUCUGUCCAUCCACCGAACGGAAACGAACAUAUCGGAUUCAUCGAAAUACAUCGAAGAAUUGAAAUGCAAAAUCGAUGAAUACGAACAACAUUUUGUCGAAGAGAAAUCAACGAAAGAAUCAUUACAAGUUCAAAUUAAAAUACUCGAAGAAGAAAAUCUCGAUUUACGAGAGAUUAUGAAUCAAAUGAGAAAGCGAACACAAGACGAUCGGAAGGAAGAACGAGAUCGGAAUAUCGAAAUUCAACAAUUGAUUGCACGCACUGAAUUCAACGCUCGGCAUAAAUUUUCAUUCACCAAAUUCAUCAAUACCAUCGACGUCAGUUGA